AGGUAAACCCAUUAUUCACGCAAUCCGAAUUCCAAUUCGUCAAAUUGGGUGUCGUUGUUCUUUCCCCCAAAUCUUUCUUUGCCCUCUUAUUAUUUCCUACUCGAUUCAUUCGAUUAUUUGGGUUAACAUUAUUCAUUUGCACAAUCCAAAUUCCAAUUCGUCAAAUUGUUUUUUUCCCCAAAAUUUUCUAAUCGAUUCGUUCGUUAUUCAUUUGUCAAAGUCUCCCAUGGCCGCGGCGUGUCGAAGGGUGGCGUCUGGAUUGUGUCCUCCUUUUAGAUUGGAAUCCAGGCAACUUUCCGAGCUAUCGGAGUCCAACGGCAAACGGGUCUUCUUUGUCGAUACUUUAGCCCUUGUGAGGAGGUUAGAAUCAAAGGGUAUUCCCACAAAAGAAGCUGAGGCGAUCACCGCAACUAUAACAGAAGUCCUUAACAACAGUUGGGAAAAUGCUUCUUAUAACUUUGUUUCCAAAGGUGAAAUGCAAAAAAAUGAGAUGUCACUAGUCAAAUUCAGAACUGAGCUCAAAAGUUCCCAGGAUCACCAUUUUGCUUUGUUGCAACAUGAGGGAGAAAAGCUCAGGAAUGAUAUAGAGAAGAUGCGAAGUGAGUUAAGAUACGAAAUUGACAAAGUUACAGCCGGACAACGCUUAGAUCUUAAUCUUGAAAAGGGGAGAAUGCGUGAUGAGCUUAACAACCAAAAUCAAGAAAUUCAUGCUAAAAUUCACGCACUUCAUGCGCAAAUAGAAGCAGCAAAAUACGAUGUCAUCAAAUACUGUGUAGGUACUGUGGUUUCCGUCUGUGCUGUAGGUCUUGCAGUGUUACGCACUCUCAUCAAGCGGGAAGCUCCGCCUCCUAACAACGUGAUCGUCUAGCUCCCCUCCGGUCACACCACCGGGUAGGGGCAGGGCGCACAACGGAGAUGAUCCUACCCGCGGUGGCGGCGGCCUUCGUUUCUUCUAAUCUGCCAUCUUUUGGUUCAAAGCAGAAGGCGGAGACGUGGAGACAAAAGGAUUAGGUCCUUAAUAUUAUUCCGGAAAGAAAUUGACCUGCUGUUCAAAACUUUGAAGUUGAGUUUGUGGGGACAAUUUCUCAUUGAAAAUGAUGGAAAAGGUUUCGAUGUGCACCGAUAAGUGGAGGAAUUGUUGAAGAAGUACAAAAAGGCGAAGCAUAAUAGUCCAAAUGGAAGUGAGAAUGGAUAUGUUAAGACAAUUACUAUGAAGAGGACAAUGGAGAAAUAUGACAUCUUUUUUAAACACCAUUUCGGACAUCUUCCUUUUUAAUCAUUCUCAAUCAGUAUUU